UCCUUUGUUACCGACCGCCAUUGCGUAACCAUAACUACCGACUGUAAAUAGCAGCAGGUAAUGUCACAAUAAAGUGAAGGGGUAUCGAAAAACAGUGUAGGAACAGCAUUUAUACAAUAUGCCUGGCAGUGCAAUUUCUGCGGCAGGAAGUUCCGCUUCCUCAUCAUCCUCAAGAAGAGCAAAAACACGCAAUUACAGAGUUGUUAGUCACACAUCUCAGGUGGAUGAAACAUUGUUUGGUGCCCCUAACCAUGUUGGACAGAGAAAUCAAAUGUUAAAAGAAAAAAUGGAAAAUGUAAGAGAUGAGGGGAUCUCCAUUGAAGAUCUUGCCCGAGAAAGAAGUGCAAAGAGGAAAAAUUCAAAAAGGGGCAAAAGUGACAAAGAAACAGUUCAAGUUAUAACAAAGGAUCUAAUUAGAAAUCUAGUUGUCCCUGGUGAGGACCCCUCUGGGCAGUCCAUCAUUCUCCCGCGUCACGAGUUUUACAGGAUGGUGAUGGAGGCUCAAGUCAAAACAAAGGAACAGAAGGAAGCCGAAGAAGCUGCCAUUAAAAGACAGAAAGAGGAAAUGAUGGAGGCCAGUCAACAGAGAAAGAAUCUGAUGAAACAGAAAGAUAUGGAGAGAAGGAAAAAUGAAAAAUUAAAUGAUUUAGAACAAGAGGCCAAAGAGAAUGCUGAACAUUUGUUGUCCAAGGCAAAUGCCAUGAGACAGGAGCAAGAAGAUGAGAUUAAACAUUUAAAUGAGCUUAUUCUUAAUGCAAAAUGCCACGCCAUCAGAGAUGCUCAGAUUCUGGAGAAGAAGCAGAUAAAGGGGGAGAUGAUGGAGGAGGAUAAGAGAUUGGACGUGAUGAUGGAGGUCGACAGACAGAACGCCAUCGCCAUCCAGGAGGAGAUCGAGAAGAAGAGGAAGGGGGAGCGACUCCUGGGGGCGGCCAAACUGCUGGACCAGAUCCAGGAGAACGAACAGGAGAGACUGUUUGAUUUGGAGAGGAAGGACCAGGAGAACAUACAGAUGCAGAAAUAUAUCGAAAAAAUGAUGGACGAGGAUAAAGUGGCUCUGGAGAAGAAGCACGCAGAGCAGAUGUCACUAAGGGAGGACUUGAACAAAGCCAAUGAAGAUUUGUUGCGAAGACGGGAAAUCAAAAAGGAGCAAGAAGUAGCAGAGGAACAGAAAGUUGUAGAAUACAUGAAGAAGAAAGCAGAAAGAGAAGCUGCAUUUGAAAAGGAACAAGAAAGAAUCAGGAUUGAGAAGGAGAAGGAAACUGCCAGAUUACGAGCCCUUCAGGAGCGUGCUCGUGAUGAGCAAGCCGAGCGUGAUGCCCUUCGAGCCAAGAGAGCCCAGGAACAGGCCGAGAGAGAAUGGAGGAAGAAGGAGGCAGAAGAGGCCAGAAAGAAGACAGAAAUGGAGAGUGCACUCAUUCAAGCUCGCUCGCAGCAAAUGCAACAGAAAGAACACUUCCUGGCAGUCCAGGCUCAGAGAGAGCGAGCCGAGUUUGAGAGAGUUCUUAGAGCUCAGAAGGAGUUGGUGGAGAAGGAGAAGAGAGAGGAACAGGAGGCCAGUAAGAAGAAGCUGCUUCACGCUGACGAAGUCAGGAAACAGAUCCGUAACAAGGAGCAGGCCCGUGUCCUCGAGAGGAACGCAUUCUUUGAGGAGGGCGUGAAGUUAGACGAGGAGGCCCGAGAGAGGAGGCAGAAGUUAGAGGAAGUCAAGAAAAAGAAGCUGAAUGAAUUAAGAGAUGCAGGCAUUCCAGAGAAAUAUAUAGGUCAUGUUGCUCACAAAGUCAAUGUGACUGUUGCAUAAGUCUAGCAACCUCAAGCAGGGCGGCUGGCAUCCCAGACAAAUACUUAGCUCAAGUGGAGAGGCAGGUCAAUCAACCUCAGCAUGUCUGUACUUAACUACGAUUAUAACCGUGGACAAUCUCAGAAUGUUCAUAUUGUGGGGGGGAGAUAACUCUGAUUGGCUGUAGUGUCAUUCAUCAUCUGUGAUAAAUAUAUUUGUUUUAUUUUCAUUCAGGAUUCAUUAAUUUUAAAUAGGAAGACUGGAUUUUGAAAUUAGAAAGUGACUGGCAUUUAUAUGUUAUUGAGCAACUGUUUUCAGUGAAUGUUAUUUUUGUUUUGUUGAAUAGUAUAUUCAUUUAUUUGUUACGUGUCACCUGAUGUCGUGUUCUGAUAAGAAUCUGAACGUGAGACCAAGAAACAUAUUUAAAACCCCUCUCCAUCUCAACAGUGCUAAUUAUCUAAUAUCUGCACAUACAAGUUCCAGUGUGUUGUCACUGUAUUUUGAUAUCCCUUUUAAAAUCUUGGUCUAAACAUGACAAUGAUGUAUUUAAUUAUUUGUAAAUACAAUAAAUCACUGUUGAUAUUUAUAUAUUAUAUAAUAAACUGAUGUGAAUAAA